GAGAGGCGCCGCGUUCAGACGAGAGUCGGAUUCUGAUGUUGAGGGGAAAAAUGGCUCCUUGCCGUAGGAGGCAGAGGAUACUUUUGGAUUAACGGCAUCGCUUCAGACAUAUGGAUGUACACGGAGCGCCCCGCAUCGACUUAAUACACGCCUUGGAGGUCACCGUCAACGUUCCCACCGACGUAUUUCGCUGUAAACGCCGCUCACUGGGCUGCCUUUGCCCUGACAAAGCCGCUCAAGAUGAACAUGGUGAAAAGGAUCAUGGGGCGGCCGAGGCAGGAGGAGUGCAGCCCCCAGGACAACGCACUGGGCCUGAUGCACCUGCGACGCCUCUUCUCCGAACUGUGCCACCCGCCUCGACACAUGACCCAGAAGGAGCAGGAGGAGAAGCUCUACAUGAUGCUUCCUGUAUUUAACAGGGUGUUCGGAAAUGCUCCACCCAGCACCAUGACGGAGAAGUUCUCCGACCUGCUGCAGUUCACCACCCAGGUCUCCCGACUCAUGGUGACCGAGAUCAGACGACGGGCCUCCAAUAAAUCCACAGAGGCUGCCAGUCGAGCCAUAGUCCAGUUCCUGGAGGUGAACCAGAGUGAGGAGGCGAGUCGCGGCUGGAUGCUCCUGACCACCAUCAACCUGCUGGCCUCCUCCGGACAGAAAACCGUCGACUGCAUGACGACCAUGUCCGUUCCCUCCACGCUGGUCAAAUGCCUCUACUUGUUCUUCGACCUGCCCCACAUGGCCGAGGCCCCCGUGGGCCCUCCGCCGCCGCCUCCACCGCAACCGCUGCCCAACCAGGAGAAGACCGCGGGGCAGGGCCACACCCAGCCAGAGCUGCCCCUGGCCGACCGCCGGGCGCUGCUCCAGAAAGUCUUCGUCCAGAUCCUGGUGAAGCUCUGCACCUUCGUGUCUCCGGCCGAGGAGCUGGCUCAGAAGGACGACCUCCAGCUGCUGUUCAGCGCCAUCACCUCCUGGUGUCCCCCCCACAACCUGCCCUGGAGAAGGAGCGCCGGGGAGGUGCUCACCACCAUCUCCAGACACGGCCUCAGCGUCAACGUGGUCAAAUACAUCCACGAGAAGGAAUGCUUGGCCACAUGUGUUCAGAACAUGCAGCAGUCAGACGAUCUCUCCCCGCUGGAGAUCGUCGAGAUGUUCGCUGGACUCUCCUGCUUCCUCAAAGACUCCAGCGACGUGUCCCAGACGCUGCUGGACGAUUUCCGAAUGUGCCAGGGUUACGCCUUCCUCUGCGACCUCAUGCUCAGGCUGGAACAAGCAAAAGAGGACGAAUCGAAAGAUGCGCUGAAGGACCUGGUGAACCUGGUCACCUGUCUGUCCACGUACGGGGUGACGGAGCUGAAACCAGCUGGCCUGACGACCGGAGCGCCCUUCCUGCUGCCUGGAUUUGUUCUCCCACAGCCCUCUGGGAAAGGCCACACAGUCCGUAACAUCCAGGCCUUCGCGGUCCUCCAGAACGCCUUCCUGCGAGCCAAAACCAGCCGUCUGGCCUGCAUGCUGCUGGACGCCAUCGGGAACAUCUACGCCGCCGAGCCGGCCAACUACUUCAUCCUGGAGUCGCAGCACACCCUGUCGCAGUUUGCUGAGCGGGUGGCCAAGCUCCCCGAGGCUCAGGCCAAGUACUUUGAGCUGCUGGAGUUUGUGGUGUUCAGCCUCAACUACGUGCCGUGCAAGGAGCUGUUCAGCGUCAGCGUGCUGCUCAAGUCGAGCACGUCACACGCCUGCAGCAUCACGGCCGUCCGGACGCUGCUGAAGCUCGCCCGGCACGACCCGGUGUUCAGCGACGUGCUGCGGGAGGUGGGCCUGCUGGAGGUGCUGGUCAACCUGCUGCACAAGUACGCCGCCCUGCUCAAAGACCCGGCGUCGCAGCAGCAGCCGCACAACAACGACCAAGCCGACUGCAAAAACAACACAGUAGCCGAGGAGCAGAAGCAGCUGGCCUGGCUGGUGAUGGAGACUCUGACUGUGCUGCUGCAGGGCUCCAACACCACCAGCACUAAUGCAGCCCUUUUCAGGGAGUUUGGCGGCGCUCGCUGCGUCCACAACAUCGUGAAGUACCGUCAGUGUCGCGAGCACGCCCUGCUCAUCAUCCAGCAGCUCGUCCUGUCGCCCAGCGGUGACGACGACAUGGGGACCCUCCUGGGCCUCAUGCACUCGGCUCCGUCCAGCGAGCUGCAGCUGAAGACCGACAUACUGAGGGCUUUGCUAGCGGUGCUACGUGAGAGCCACCGCACCCGGACGGUCUUCCGUAAGGUGGGCGGCUUCGUCUACGUCACGUCGCUGCUGGUGGCCAUGGAGCGCUCGCUGUGCCAGCCGCCGCGUCACGGCUGGGAGCGCGUCAACCAGAACCAGGUGUUCGAGCUCCUGCACACCGUCUUCUGCACGCUGACCGCCGCCAUGCGCUACGAGCCGGCCAACUCGCACUUCUUCCGCACCGAGAUCCAGUACGAGAAGCUGGCCGACGCCGUGAGGCUGCUGGGCUGUUUCUCCGACACCAAGAAGCUGGGUCCCACCAGCGUUUUCCCGUCCAACGCUCAGCCCUUCCAGAGGCUGCUGGAGGACGAAGCCGCCCCUGGAGGCUGCGCGGGAGACAGCGUGUGUCCCACGCUCAAGCACUGCAGCAAGCUCUUCAUCUACCUGUACAAGAUGGCCACCGACUCCUUCGACAGGUCAGUGGGGCGGCGCACACACGGGACACUUCGAUCCUCGGUGUAGACGUAGAGAUGCUUAUUGAUGUAGAACAGAGUGUGAAAGUCUGUUCUCGACAAAGGGAAAGAACAUUGUGCUCAGUCGCCAGUU